CUCCCCGCACAUCAACACCACCGCCUCCCCACAUGUGCUCUGGAUAUAUUGAAUAUAGGACAUGAAGAGAUAGCACCGGGUCAUGGCGCUUUCGUAUCUACGCCAGCUCUACUCGCUGGACACCUUGGACACACGCUUCAUUGUUCCGGCCACCGCACCCCCUAGAGAGGCUCUCGAAGAGGCAAACGUGGACCCUGCCAACACUCCAAACGGCAAAGACAAGAGGACUGGGACAGACCAUGCUCCGCCAGCACGAUGGAAGACCAACGAGUUCUACUUUUACUAUGUCUCCAUAUCAGCUAGUGUCUUCUUCAUGUUCAAGCUUGUAAUUGAUUGUUCACAAGAAACACAUCCAAACUACUCAAAGUUCUCCCAUCUAUUAACUGAUGGCUGGAUACCGGGCCGCAAAGUCGACAACACGGACGCGCAGUACUCCGGCUUCCGUCAGAAUGUGCCCUAUCUUUUUAUAGUGGUCACACUGCACCCUCUUCUGCGUAAAGCCUACGAUGCGUUUUGGAGAGCCGACACUUACACACACGUUCGGCCUGCUGGAGGCCUGACCAUGGGCCUGACCCCUACAGCUGCCGCAGAUGCCCGUAUGAAUCAGCGAGUUUCUUUCGACGUGGGCUUCGCAGUGGUCUUUCUGGCUGCACUCCAUGGCUUUUCCAUAUUCAAGAUUCUGGCGAUCCUGUACCUGAACUAUCAGAUUGCUUUCAAGUUGCCCAGGGCUUAUGUGCCAGGUGCAACGUGGAUCUUCAAUCUCGCUGUGUUGUUCGCCAACGAGACCUUCCACGGUUAUCACUACUCUGCCAUUGUAGGCUCCUUUGUCCCAUUGACGAUCUCUGAGAAGGGCACACCAGCAAAGAACUUUGGCCACACGCUUGACGGCUAUGGCGGCCUAAUCCCACGCUGGGACGUCCUCUUCAACUUCACUGUCCUUCGGUUGAUCAGCUUCAAUCUCGACUACUACUGGAGUCUCAACACUCGUUCCAGCAGUCCUCUUGAGAAGAAGCAACUCGACCCGUCAAAUCUCUCCGAACGCGACCGUGUCUCCAUCCCUGCUAAGCCGUACGACUUCAACUUCCGAAACUACUUCGCAUACACCAUGUACUCCCCGCUCUACCUUGCCGGUCCGAUCCUCACCUUCAACGACUACAUCUCGCAAGCACGCUACAGGCCACACAGCAUCACGUCGAAGCGCACCACCAUGUACGCCAUCCGCUUUAUCGUCGUGCUGCUCACAAUGGAGGUUAUCAUCCACUACAUGUACAUGGUAGCCAUCUUCCACGCCAAACCAGACUGGACAAACUACACCCCUGCGCAGCUCAGCAUGCUCGGCUUCUUCAACCUCAAGCACAUCUGGCUCAAGCUGCUAAUUCCAUGGCGCUUCUUCCGCCUCUGGGCGCUGCUGGACGGCGUCGACCCGCCCGAGAACAUGGUGCGCUGCAUGAGCGACAACUACUCGGUGAUGCAGUUUUGGCGCGGCUGGCACCGCUCCUUCAACAAGUGGAGUCUGCGCUACCUCUACAUUCCGCUUGGUGGCAGUGCGAUACCGGGCGUCUGGGGCAAGGUCAGGGGCAUCGCCAAUUACCUCGCCGUCUUCUCAUUCAUCGCUAUCUGGCACGACAUCCAGCUGCGGCUGCUGAUGUGGGGCUGGCUGGUCACGCUCUUCGUGCUGCCCGAGAUCAUCGCUGGCUACCUGUUUCCAGCGCGCAAGUACAAGAAUAAUCCGGACCUAUACCGUAUGUUGUGCGGUGUCGGCGCAGUGGGCGAGGUCCUCAUGCUCAUGGUGGCGAACUUGGUGGGAUUUGCACUGGGGUUGGACGGGCUGGAUGGCCUGAUUAAGGGCAUUACGUCGUCGUGGUCCGGGUGGGCGUUCUUGGCCACGGCGUGCGUUGCGCUGUUCACGGGCGUGCAGUUUAUGUUUGAGUGGCGCGAGGCGGAGAAGAGGAGGGGCAUCAAAAUGAAGUGUUGAACACGUGUGGAAGGAAGGUCUUGUAAGAUAGUUGAUGUAUCGUAUCCUUUUUGGUUCAGCCGGCGGGCAUUGGAUCUCGGCGGUGAUUGGUUGAUCGUAUCUGCAAGCCUCGCCAUGGUUGUGCAAGGCGCAGCUCUGGCAAUGCGCAGCUCUGGCAAU